AUGUCUGGAGUUGAUCCAAGCACCCUUAACAUUGAACACAAGUUAAUGGAUUCAUUCUUUACCCCUCCUAAGCCUCUCACUCAGGAGCAGAUUGAUUGGGCUGAAGAGCUCGGUCUAGCUAUCACUGUAAAAGAAGAUGGCCGAGUAAGAGUCUUCGGAGGUGACGAAGAUGAGCGUGAAGAAGCAAUUCUAAAAAUGUGCGAUCCAAACGCUGAUCUUACUAUCAAAAAGGAAGAAGAAGAAAAGAAAGAAGAAGAAAAAGAUGAAUCUGAAUCUGAUUCAGCAGAUAUUUUAUUCAAUCUCGGCAAGGAAGCUGUCCCAGUUGACGAGAAUACAAUGACACCAGAAGAGCAAGCAGCUCAAAGAGAAAAAGAACUUGAAGAAUAUCGCAACCAGCAACAAACAAACAAAUUCAUCAGACAACCAAAAGCUCAACCACAGCCAGCUCCAGCUCCUCAAAAGAAAGAAUACAGAAAAGCGCCUCAAAAACCAAGACCUGUCUUUAAUAACGUAAUAGUUAAGCCAACAGGAUGGGGCGACGUCACCGUUAAGCCAAUCGCACAGCCAGAACCCGAACCACAGCCUGAGCCAGAGAAAGAACAGAAGAAGGAAUUCACUCAUACUCGUGGUGGCCGUGGCCAAGCAUACAACGCUCUUCACUACAUCAUGGACGAUAGCAGAGUUGGUCCAUCAGCUCAUGAUAGAAACUACGAUCACAAGAACCAAGGUUUUCCGCAGCCAAGAAAAUUCAACAAGCAAAAAUUCAACAAACAAGGCGAUGGCGAUAACCAACAGCAGCAAGACCAGGUAGACUUCAACGCGCAUGACAAUACAGACCCAAUGCGUGGAGAAGGAAAGAAGAGGAAGAGAAAUAAGAAUAAGAAGGACAAGAAGCAGCAGCAACAGAACGGCGAGCAGCAAGAGCAACAGCAAGAACAGCAGCCAAACGAAAACAAGCCAAAGAAAGAUAAAAAGAACAAGAAUAAAGACAAAGAUAACAAAUUCAAGCCAUACAUACCUGGCGACAACCAGGAACAGAAGCAAGAGCCUGUCCAAGCUCCUGCUCCAGCUCCUGAGCCUCCGAAGCCAGAACCAGUCAAAGAACAGCCAAAACAAGAAUACAAACCACCAAAACCGAAACCAUUAACAAUCGAAAAGCCAAAACAACAACAGCCAAAAGCUCGUCCUACAAAAAGCAAGUUCGGCGUUGGAAACAUCGAAAUUACAGAGGAAACACCACUCGAAGACUUAGUUCCAGACUGUUUCGUCAAGCCAAAGGUCAUUGAACCCGAACUACGUCGUUCUUUCUACUUCGCUUUUGAGUGGUACACUGAUGAAAUUACAGAUGACGAAAUCCGCUCUGAUCCUCGCUUCCACAUGGAGCUUCGUAACGAGAAAUCCCUUAAACCACACAUUGCCGCUAUCAGGAACGUCACUGUCGCUCCAAUCAUCGCUGAUUUCGUUGCAGAAUGCUUCUCUGCCACUUUGGCCCCAGAAAUGCAGGGUCUAGCGGGCAAGUUCAGCAAAGAACCAACCGCCCACAGACUCCUUCUCCCUUCAAUGAUCCCUGUAUCGUUCACAUUAGCAGAUGGCAACGUUGUCAUGGCUUUCUUCGACACUCCAUCUGUUUGCGGUGUCGAGGCCGAGUCAAUGGUCAAGGCUGCACUCGAUACAUUCGCUACAAGAAUGGUUUCAGUUUACGAAUUCAAGAAUGUUAAGAAAGGUGUUGUAAAACGUUCAGAAGUUAUUGAACUUGGCAAGAGAACAGGUACUGUUGCACUUAUCUCUCGUCAGGUUGGCGAAAACAACGUAGUUUCAUUUAAGAUUUAUGUAAUGCACACAAGAUGGGAUGAUGAGAAGCAAAGUAUGGUUGAUGCAGCUGUCAAAGAAUGGUUUGCUAAAUCUAUUCUCUGCAGGUGCGCUCUUUGCAAGCAGCCUUAUCAUGAAGAUGACGGAUCUUCCUGCGAAGAGAAAUACCACCCAGGAGAGAGGAUUCCGUUCGAAGACGGAGAAAUGGAACAGAUCGUUAGAGAGAAAGGCGUGGAAGUGGUCAAAGUUAAUUAUUCGUGCUGCGAUAUUUGCAGCAAAGAUGAUCCGGGUUGUAAGAUUAAAGUUAAUCCGGCACACGAAAAACUUGAAGUUAUGUCUACAAUAGAGGGUUUUAAUGACAAAAUAUUGGUAUAA